AUGCAUCUUGUGAUUGUUGGCUUUAUAACAACAACGAUUUACGUAGUCUCGGUGAUUAAAGGCUCGAAAGCAGCUUCCAAUCUCGGCUUAUCUCCAAACUGGGGUUUAUCCGUUGUAAAUCGAUCUAGCUUUCCUGAAAAUUUUGUUUUUGGUGCAGCCACUUCUUCUUUUCAGAACGAGGGUGGAGCAAACGACGAUGGUAGAGCUCCAAGCAUAUGGGAUACUUUUACUCGAAGACAUCCCGAUAAGAUCUCAGAUCAUAGUAAUGCGGUCACCGCCACUGAUAGUUAUCAUCGAUACAAGGAGGAUGUGAGGAUGGUAAAGCAAAUGGGUAUGGAUGCAUACCGUUUCUCAAUCUCGUGGUCUCGAAUUCUACCACGUGGAAAACUAAGUAGCGGUAUUAAUGAGCAUGGAAUUUCUUAUUACAAUAACCUCAUAAAUGAACUUCGAUCCAAUGAUCUGGAACCCUUUGUGACUCUAUUUCACUGGGAUCUUCCUCAAGCUCUAGAAGAUGAGUAUGGAGGCUUCUUGAGUUCCCGUGUUGUCAAUGAUUUUCGUGAUUUUGCUGAGUUAUGUUUUAGAAGAUUUGGUGAUCGGGUCAAGUUCUGGAUCACCCUAAACGAACCAUGGAGUUACAGUGUCGGAGGUUAUGAAAAAGGCUAUUUUGCCCCUGGCCGGUGUUCUUACUCCGUCGCUAAUUGCACUGCCGGCGAUUCAGGCAUUGAGCCUUAUAUCGUCACCCAUAAUCUGCUUCUUGCCCACGCUGCUGCCGUUAAAUUGUACCAUGACAUUUAUAAGGGACCGCAAAAUGGCAAGAUCGGAAUCACACUCGUGACACGGUGGAUGGUUCCAUACUCCGAUGUGAAAUUACAUCGUGACGCUGCACUUCGUGCUCUUGAUUUUGAUUUUGGUUGGUUUAUGAACCCGUUAACGUUCGGGGAGUACCCUGAGACAAUGAGAAUCAAUGUCGCGAAUAGAUUACCUCAAUUCACAGCAGAAGAAUCGUACACGCUCAGGAACUCGUUGGAUUUUCUUGGAUUGAACUACUACACCGCGAAUUAUGUGCAACAUAUUGCUCAGGCUGUCACUGAUAACAUGACUCGGUCCUCCGAUUCUCAAACUAGAUUAUCGAUCGAACGAAACGGAGUUCCAAUUGGUUCCAAGGGUGGAACGGAUUGGCUCCGAGCAUACCCGCAAGGGAUUCAUGAUCUUUUGGUGUACAUCAAGAACAACUACAACAAUCCCACCAUUUACGUCACAGAAAAUGGAGUUGAUGAGCCAAACAAUGCGUCGUUAUCUCUUCGAUCGGUUCUCCAAGACGAUUUCAGGGUUCAAUACUACUUUGGUCAUCUUCAAAAGCUUCUGCAAGCUAUCAAGGGUGAAUGUGAAGGGCUACUUUGCAUGGUCAUUGAUGGACAACUUCGAAUGGGAUCGAGGCUAUGCGGUCCGGUUUGGGCUACAUUAUGUAGACUAUGGCAACGAUUUGAGACGAUAUCCAAAGUUUUCGUCCACUUGGUUCGGCAAUUUCAUGCGUAUUCGAGAAUAGAAGGUGAAUAG